AUGGCUCCUCCACCCAUUGUGCAGGCGACUCUGCAGUCUUCUCUCUUGGCAGCCGUGUCCAAUAUUUUGGCGCAGGCCAUUACCGCAUACAAGAACAAUGAAGCCGUGACAAUCGACUGGGUGCCCGUCUUUCAGUUCGUCCUGUUCGCGGUAGUGAGCACGCCGCCAAACUUUCUCUGGCAAGACUUUCUCGAAUCAACAUUCCCCGCACAUCCCAGCCCCCCACCAUCCAAAGCAUCUCCAGGCUCUUCCAAAGAGAAGAACAAGAACAAGGACAAGUCCCCAUCAUCACCUCCCCCAAAGCUCUCCCUCACAAACACAAUCAUCAAGUUCGUCCUCGACCAAACCGUCGGCGCCGCCCUCAACACGCUUCUCUUCAGCACCUUCACCCGCUCCCUCCGCUAUGCCAUGCUCCACGCCCCGCGCAUCACCAACCUCCCCGCCGCCGCAAAGUACUGGUCCAGCCCCAACGCCGUCGACUUCAGGGUUGUCGACUUCGCCGUCGUCUGGGAGGAGGCAAAGGCCGAGUUCUGGGCGCUCAUGAUUGCCGCCGCCAAGCUCUGGCCCGCCGUGUCGCUCAUCAACUUUACGCUCGUCAAGUCCGUCCAGGGGAGGAAUCUGGUGGGUGCGCUGGCGGGAGUUGUGUGGGGAGUCUAUGUUUCGUUGGCCAUGGGAAGCUGA